GUCACGUGACCAACACGUCAGUCGCUCAGGAAGGACCGUCAGGAGAAUAUAUAUUUUAUUUUUCUCCCCCUUGCAGGAGCAUAACCCGAGAAACCCGAGCAGAUUGCGCGGUGAGAGGCGGUUUAGAGGGGGCAUCAUGGACGUGUCCGGCCACAGCCUUUUCCUCCUGCAGCAGCUCAAUGUCCAAAGGGAGUUUGGUUUCCUGUGUGACUGCACGGUUGCCAUUGGAAACGUGUACUUCAAGGCCCAUCGAGCAGUGCUGGCUGCCUUUUCCAACUACUUCAAGAUGAUCUUCAUCCAUCAGUCCAGCGAGUGUAUUAAGAUCCAGCCGACCGACAUCCAGCCAGACGUCUUCAGCUACCUGUUGCACAUCAUGUACACAGGCAACGGCCCCAAGCAGCCUGUGGAUCAGGGUCGGUUACAGGACGGGAUCAAGUUCCUCCACGCGUACCAGCUGUGCCACAAAGCAACUGACGGUGGAUCUGACGCCUCCUCAGACCCCAUCCGCAUAUCCAACCUGUACGGCAUCCAGAUCUCUUCCCAGCUCGGCACUAAGGAGUCGCCGGGCAUGAAGGCUAGCGGGGCACGGGAACCUGAAGACAGGCGAGGUGGCUCGCGUAGCCGUCCGCUGCCAGCUUUAUCAGGGAUCGAAGGGCACACGUCGGAGCACCAGUCCCUCAGUCUGCGCGCCAUCACCUCAGGGGACGAGUGUGACAUCUUGUCACGGAUCAAGCAGGAAGAGGAGGAGCCGGAUGAGGGUGAGGAACCACGAGCGCCUGCGUCCCUGCCUUCGACCCAAGGGAGCCCGUGCCAAGCUGGUGGUUUUAAGGACGGCCCUCUGGCGCUGCUGUGUCCUCAAUGUGGAGAACGAUGCCUCUCUCCUGAAGGACUACAGGAACAUCUUUUCACCCACGCGGCAUGCGCCCUCAUGGAAGGACCUUCCGAAGACAGCAGGGGGGACAUUAAAGGACCAAUGGAAGAGCGACAGUGCCACGCACUAGCAGACGAGUUGGCGUCAGAGUUAAGGCGAGGUGCGGCAGGCACAGGAAGUCCACCUGCGGGCUUUACACGUAAAAGAAAGAUGGCAUGCGCAGUCUGUAACUUGCGCUUUUCACAGAAGAGCCAGCUGCAGGAGCACAUGUUCGCCCAUGUGGGCAAGCCACUGCGGCAACAUCGUUACGGGCGCUUCGGUGAACCGCUGAUCCAUCCCAGCGAGGGAACGUCAGAAAUCGACGAAGUUGCCCAGGAUAAUGGCAGCUCGUGCUACUCGCUGGACUCAGAAGUCUCUCAUGAGAGCGUAGAUGCCGUGGCGGUGGAAUGACGCCUUCCCCUAACAUAACGGACAUGUUCCCUGCAUUCCAUUGCAUUUUUAACACACCCUUGUAAAUUUCCACUCCUGACUUAAAUAAGUAACAACUACAUGGAGCAACAUCGACUUGAUAAUUAGUCAUUUAGCUAGCUAACAUGCUAAUUACUGAGCUUGCUUGUUACCUAGAAGGUAGAUUGAUUUGUACAUAGGAACUUAAUAUUUUUAAAUUGUCUGCUUUACUGCUAUUUAUAUUCAUUAACAACUUCAUCCACCAUCCAGCUAAAAUCAAAAUCUUCAACUGCAAAGUUUGACAGGAUUCUUCUUCAUAAUCUUCACUGCUAUCUUCAGCUAGCUAGCACACACAUGACAGGAUUUUUUAAAUCAGAUUUUUAUUGCUAAAUGUUUAUACUGUAAGUGAUAGCCGACUAGCUAAUAUGAGGUGACCUGCUAAAGUUUCUGACAGGAUUUUUAAAAAUAAUAUUCAUAAUCUCUACUGCUAACUCUAGCCAGCUAGCUAAAAUGAGAUGACAGGAUUUCUUACAGAAUCUUUUUAUUUAUUUAUUUUCCAAGUGCAUUUAAAAAUGUUAAACAAAUUCCACUAAUGCUAGCUAACACGGUGAUAGUAUUGUCAUAAUCUCCACCUUCAUCUAGCUAGCUAAUGACCUGAUAGAAUCUCUGAGAGGAUUUCUAAAUAUAAUAUUCAUAAUCUUCACUGUUAAUGCUAAGAUGAGCUAACCUGACAGGAUUUCUUACAGUAUCUUUAAGUGAUAUUCAUAAUCUUUAUUGCUAAUACAGUAGCAACUAGCUAACAUUUAAAAAAGAAAAAAAAAGGGUUAAUAGAUGUUUAUAAUUUCCACUGGUAAUGAAAGACAGCUAGUUAGAGCUAACCUGACAUGAUUUCUGACAGGAUUGUUCAAACAAAUCACGUACAUGAACACUAAUAAUCCACAAUUAAUGCUAGGCUAGUUUAGCUAACAUGCUAAACUGACAGGAUUUCACAUUUCCUUCACUCCUAACAUUAUAUUCAUAAUGUUCACUACUAAUGCUAGCAAAUUAGCCACCAUGAGCUAACCUGACUGAGUAGCUGACACCAUAUGAACUGACUAAAAAGAUGAAUAAACAUUCAUAAUCUUCACAGGAUCCACACAGGAUGUGUGAGAAAAUGUUUAUGAGUGCUAUUAUAAAAGUAUUCCUGUUUAGAUACUGCCCCAGAAUACAACAUAACACAAGAAAUACCACAUUAAAUACUCGCAUUAUGAGGAAAUUCUCCGUUUAAGGGAUUAAGGGAAAAAGUGUGAAGUUGACAGGGGUGUGUUUAAAACGUUCCUGUAAUGCAGGAGGAUGGAAAAUGUUUGACCUCAGACUUCAUGUCCUGUGUUAUCUUUUAUAAGGUCCAUCAGUGUGUUUAUGUUCUCUUGUAUUGAUGGGUUUAGUGUUGGUGUGUAUUUUACAUCGUGGUUUGUAGAUUAAACUGAUCGGCGCUGGGCUCAGACCUGCCAACCUUUACACAUCUUAUCAGAGUACGCUGCUAUGGGUUACUACUCCAAAAGAGCAGUCUUCGGUUGUUGUUUUUUUCUAGGAAAAAUGGACAUAAGAAUCUUGAAUGACUCACAGUUGCGUAGGUGUUUCGAACUCUCCCGAAGCCCCCCUGCCCUCCCCUUCCCUCGUCUUACAUUUUAGCUCUCGAUCCUGUCUCGAUCUUCCUACUUGAAAUGUGUGGUGAUGCGGCGUCCUCGCGUUCCGUCACGGUAAAUCCAGAACGUUUUCAGCUCACGAAUGCGAAAGAAAACGUAUCGACCAGUCCCUCAAGGAUUUCACGAUCGCAGAAAUGAAGAAAAAUCAAGCAAACCCCGCGAUAUUCGGAGGAGCUCGCGAUUUUUCAAAAUUACCGCAGAUUUGGGCCGAGACGCAUCACGUGGCAUCGUCGCAUUCACAUGCGUGCAGCUAAAAGGUCUCAUUUACCAACAAACAUCACUGUGAAAGACUAUUUCGUGCGAUCGCAGUUUCGCCAAAUCAGGUAGUUUUCAGCCAAAAAAAAAAAAGCACAAAAAAACUCGCAAUUUGCGUCGCAAAUGGAAGAAAAAUAAAAAUAAAGAAGCCACAGCGAAAUCGAGCGUUUUCAAUCGCAAUAAAGCUCUGAUAAAUCCUGUACGGACUGUUUGAUGUACGUUCAAAUUAGCUAUCAUUAGACAAGUACAUAGUUAACGUCAGUUAGCCAUAUUUAGUAGGGGUGCACCAACAUUUUGUCUGAAAAUUGCUCAAAAACAACACUUUAUUAUUAGUAAGAUAAAUCUGACAUGUGACUGAAAAAUUAAGAUUAAAUAGGUCUACAACGACGUGUCAGAUCGAACACUUUUUCACAAAUCGAAGUGACUUUUUAAGCGAUAGCUAAACAGACAUUUUUGGACUAUUUUUGCGCCUCCUUCUCUGAGAUGUGUUAUUCCUCUUCGGGGGUUGCCAGAUCUGAUGGUCUGAAGAGCCAGGUGUUGGUUUUCUUCAGCAGAUUGACGCAACUAACCCGGCACAGCAAAGCACUAAUGAUGGAUUAAAAACACACCUCUCUGUCGUAGUAACGAAAUAAACGGAACGUCUUUUUAUUACCGUGGAGCGGUGAGGGACAUACUGAACGAUCGGAUGGAAUGUAGGCAUCGUAACUAAACCUUAUUGCGUAACAAUUCAGAAAAACAAACAAACA